AUGGCGGGAGCUCGUGGUGGAAUGAUGGGAGUGAAACCGCUGAGACACAACAAUCGCGUCUCUACAGCGGUGGUGCCCAGCCGCCGGGUGACGCAGCACGACCCGGUGGACGAUGGGGAGAGCUGGGCGCAUAGCCAACGGCCGGUGGGGAUGAAGCCCGCAGAUGCUUGCACACUGGAGGAUUGGACGGUGGCCUUCAACAUCCGUGCGAAGAUUCCAGGGAAGAUUCGGUCCAAAAUGACCCGGCACUUCUUCCCGUUGCAGGAGGGCUUCGAGUCCAAAGGCACCUGGCGGAUCCGCUGCACCAGCCGCACGGCCAUCCUUUGUCGCCGUUUCCUCCAAUUACUGGCACUGGGCUCUGCCUUUUUAACUCCUGCCAUGCUGGCGAUGCAGCCGAUUUGCCCGAACCCCUCCGCCAAUGACCUUCAAGAUUUUGUGUCGCUCCACGUGGCGCAGUUCCUCUUCGACAUUUGCUACAUCGUCCUCUCCACCGCCGUGCUCUUCGGCUUCUCGGUGACCACCAAGGAGAAGUUGGAGCUGGUGGCCUUCAGGAGUGUGAUGCUAUGGCAGCUGCAACAUGCCGGCUUCUGGCUAGACUUGAUGGCGUUCGUGGGAGACGUGAUGCAGUUCACCCACUUCGCGGAGGCUGGUUUCGGCCAGCUGUGGUUCGGUGAAGACUUGCGCUUCACCCAGUGGCUCAGUUUGCUGGACUUGCUCCGCUUGUGGCGCCUCUGGGAGCAAGUGGCGCCCAUCAUCGUCAGCGUUCAGUUUGAGAUCGAGUUCGCAAUCAUCGUGUUGCAGUUGGCUUUGGCAGCGCAUUUGUACUCCUGCUAUUGGAUGCUGUUGGGUUACUAUGAGCAGCAGAUCUGGGGCUAUGAGCCCUGGACAGAUCUGACCUGCUCGGAGCAGUUCUGGGCCUCGUUUUAUUUCUCCACCUACACCUUGACCUCCAUUGGCUACGGGGACUUUGGAGGCACCAACAGUGUGGAGUGCCUGGCCUUGGCGAAGCACCGCUCGGGCAAAGCACCGGAGGUGGGUCUCAGGCGCUUCAGCUGCGCCGCCUACAUGAUCAUUGGUCAGAUGCUGGUGGCCAAGAUCUUCGCUGACCUGACGUGGUUGACCUCGCUGCGGAACAUCUCCACGUCGCAGCGGCUCACGGACCGCAAGCACACGCAGAACAACCUCAUGCAGGCCGCGAUCCAUCCCGAACUGGCACAACGUGUGCUGUGCUAUCAGGAUUUCCACGACCACUUCAUUCAGCAUGACUUUGAGCAAUCAGGUCAUUUGUCCGAUGCCUUGCUGGAAGAGCUGCGGUUGGCCAGGUAUCACGAGCUAUUGAUCCGUGCGCGGUAUUUCCGCCAGCAACCGGUAGAGGUCAUUUCCCAGCUGGUGAAGCACUUCGUCGAGGCGAUCGAUUUGCCGGGCGAUUUCAUCAUUCGCAACGGUGAGGUGGAUCACCACAUUUUCUUCAUGCGCUCAGGGCAAGCCGCGGUCUACGUGACUGAGGAGCCCCCGGUCUGGGAGAGCGAGCCAGUGAGGUACUUCUGUGGUGGCGACUCCUUUGGGGAAGUCUCGGUGUUGUUCUCUACACCGAGAACUGCAUGGAUCAUGGCGAGGACCUAUUGCAUCCUCACGAAGGUGCAUUCGUCCAGCCUCAUGCAUGUCCUGCACAGCCACCCCGGGAGCUUCCUUUUGCUGGUGAAGAACCUGCUGGAGUACCAGGACCUGAAGGUGGAUUGGAAACUUCCCUGGACCGACCUCAAGGUGAAGUUGAAGAAGAUCUACCCGAGCAGUCAGGAAGCCUUCAACCAGUUCUCCAUGGGGACCUCGCUCAUCACCCAUGCCAGCUUUGAAAGUGCCAUGGAAUGCCUGGGUCUCGAGGCGGGCCUUGAGAUGCAAAUCCGUUGGGCCGAGCUCGACUUGGAUUGCAAUGGUGAUGUGUCCUACGACGAGUUUAGCACUCUCGUGGGCAGCUGGGAAAAGACGGGAGGAGAGCUGUCCGAGCGGAACUCGUUGGAGGUGGACAUGAUCCCCAGCCAGAGCAGCCGGAAGAGUGACAGGAGCCCCAAGACCGUUCAGCCCGGCAAUUUCCACCGAGAACUGCUGCGCCGGCGCUUGGCCAAGGGCGAUGCCAUGGGUGAGGUGUCCGCCAUGGUGGAGAGAAAGAUCGCCGAAGGCCACGCUUCCUUGGAGCUGAAGUUCGACCAACUGGCGAAGAGACUUCUCCACGAAGAACGGGGCGGCGAGCCUCCAGGCAUCGAAUGGCGGCGGGACAGGAACAAGGGUCAUGACAAGGGUCAUGUGCACAGCAUGGAAUGCUAG